GCCAUGUCUUGUGUGCACGUGGAAAGUUUUCUUGCAACAAGAACGAAUUCAGCGGCCUUAGAAGCAAUUCUGCAUUAUGUGGUAUUUCCUACUUCUGAAAAGGCGAUAAAAUACAAGGCCUCUUUGUCGUGUUCCUUCUGUUAUGACUGUCCACUUAGUUCGCACAGGACUGUGCCUACUGCUUUGCUGGCAUGUGCACACUGCAUUCAUUUUUCCUGUUGGACCAAUUUGCAUAUUGAACGUCAUGUUACAUCCAACCCAGAUCACCACAUCUCCGUAUGCCUUGAACAAGGUGAGCUUUAUUGCUCAAUCUGCAGGGACUUCGUUUAUAGUGAGCGCACUGAGUCAGCGUACCAGCACGCUAUCGGCCUGUAUAUGGAUAAAUUUGGCCGCUCCGAGCGUCCCUGGCGUCCAUCAUAUAAGGAACUUGAAUUUGUUCCGCAUUUACAACCCGUUAGUUUACCCGCGUCUGCUCCACGUUUGCGGCGAACUAGAGGCCUCGUGAAUAUGGGCAACACUUGCUUUCUCAAUGUUGUUGUACAGGCACUUACACACACCCCUGUUUUGCGUGAUUUUUUACUCUCUGACCUACAUCGAUGUGAUAAUCCAACGCGUUCCCGAAAUUGCUUGGCUUGUGAAAUGAUCCGAAUUACACAAGAGAUAUAUCGACCUGUGUUGAGUCCCUACGUCCCGAGUAACCUCCUUCACUCCAUCUGGCUCCAUGCUAGUCAUCUCGCAGGAUAUGAACAACGGGACGCACACGAAUUCCUAAUCACUCUUCUCACUCUCAUCCAUUCCCAUUUGGUCGGAGAACAGAUACCUAGAGAAGAUGAUGUGGAAGAAUCUUCACAGCACCGUCGUCGUUCCUCGAUGAAACGUCGGUGGUGUGACAAUGAUAAGGCGUUGCUAUCUGGUAAUGGAGGUAGCAGAAGUGCUUCCCCUGCCUCUACGUCUUCUCAGCAUGAUAAAAAAUGCAAAUUCUCACCCUCUUCGGCCGCUUCAAGCACUACUGGUGAGAUGGAUGAGCGUAGUGCACCCCCCUCCCCCGCCUCUACCUCCUCUGGUCGGACUGAAAUAAUCAAUAAUGGUGCCGGUAGAGACACUUCGGGGUCCACCACCGCAGCCACAGAUGCAAACUGCGAUUGUAUCGUGCAUCAGGUUUGUGCCUCUAUCGUUCAGCCCCAAUUUCGCAUGCAGUUCAUUUCGAGGGCACCUUAUCUUUCAUCCAUUCAACUCGCCAUUACUUCCACCAUGAGCAUGAUGGAAAUUGGUAAGGUUAUUGUUUGGGUGCUGGCGUUGAUGGGGGCUGAACUACAGGUGUUCUUCGGUGACCUCGAGUCAGUCAUCUCGUACCAGGGCUGCGACCACCGGUCGUCGACAGUUGACCCCUUUCUUGACCUUUCUCUGGACGUCGCUCAGAGGGGCUCCACGUCCCUGGCUGCUUGCCUUUCCUCCUACUUCCGCCCCGAGGCGAUCGACGGUCUGCUGUUCUGCUCCCAGUGCAAGGUUGGCCGUCCAGCAGUCAAACAGUUUUCCCUCCUCCACCUUCCCAACGUGCUUUGCUUCUACCUGAAGCGGUGUCACCACGAUACGAAGAUCAACACUUCAAUCAGCUUUCCUGUGGAAUUGGACCUAACGCCUUUUGUUGCUCAACUUUCCGGUAGUCAUUCGUCUUGGCAUGACAGGUAUUCUCUUUACGCCGUGCUCAACCACAGUGGUCAGACUAACUCGGGCCACUACACUGCCUACAUCCGGUCGGGGCCGGGAUGCUGGUGUCUCUGUGAUGACCAAAAAAUUGUGCCCGUGACGCUAGACCACGUCCUGACAACCGAUGCGUACGUUUUGCUUUACCACAAGAACCUCUUGGCUUUCCGCUCCGCCUCACCACCGCCCUCCUCCGCGUCCUGA